CUACUGAAAGUAGGGGGCGUAGUUUGGAACAACUACUGACCAAUCAGCGCUCGUCUUGCCCGUCACGUGACGUGAGUUGUACGAUCGUACAAAGGGCCAGUGUGGCAGGCAGAGUACUACGUUACGGGACGAUUUACAGGUCGACUUAUCGCUCUGAAAAUCGCUGGAAACUCCGGAUUUGGGAAUGUUACAGACGAACUGAGUAACUGGAGCGUGGCGUGUGUGUGUUCCCGUUAGGUUUCCGACGGAAUAUUGGAGGUAUCUGCUCGAUUUUUUCCAGGGUGAUCGCGGGAAGGAGGCCACCGGGCUGUCGUCCUCAUCAUGUCGGCUGCUAAGGUUCAACGCCGCCGUAGCGGUAGGAACGUCUCUUCGGUGAAGAGGAAGCUUUUUGUCCGCUCCAAAUCUUUGACAGACUCGCUUAUGACCGGUAUACUGACGGCCAUGGCCCAGCAGAAGCUGCAAGAAGAGGGGAAAGAGGAGGAAAAGUGCACGUUUCAAGUUCAAGCGACUCUCCCAGACGGGUUAAUUCGUGUGCUGGAUGGAGAAGACGGCAUGCGUGUGAAGGACCUGGUGGCAGACGCUAUCCUGGAGUACCGGCUGACGGACUACCGAGUCACCAUGUCCUCCACCAGGGCUAUCCUCAAUCCUGACGCCAACGCGCUCAUGCUGAGGGGAGAGGACAUACUUAUAGAGGACCUGGCAUCACAGAUAGAGGCUAUAGAUCCAAGACUAGCUGGAGAUGCCAGGUUCAGAGUUGUUCAUGAGUUGAUGGUGACGGAGAGAAACUACAUUGAUGCACUCAAGAGCAUCUUCGACAUCUACGCUGAACCACUUCGGUGA